UGCAUUCUCAUCAGGCACUAUAAAUUACUACCAUCUAUCUCUCCUUCAAUUGGCCAACACAAAAAGAAGUCUGCAUUUGCCCUUUCCUUUAGAAACGCACCAAUCUAUAUUGCUUAGGCUCAGCCAUUAUGUCUAUUACCACAACAAAAUUGGAAGAGAAUCCUGUUCGUAUAGCAUCUCUGCCUUCUCCUCUUCCACCACCUCCACUGCCACUAAUUACACGAAAAUGGCCCACAAACCUUAUGCAGGUAGUAUUCUUGGAGUUAAAACUACAACGAGGGAUAACCCUUCCCUUACUGGCGAUGAAUUUGGCAUGGUUUGCCAAGAUUGCUAUAACAACUGCUUUUCUAGGCCGGCUUGGAGAUCUCCGGUUAGCUGGUGGCACUCUUGGUUUCACUUUUGCUAAUGUCACUGGCUUCUCCGUUUUGAAUGGUCUCUGUGGUGCCAUGGAACCUAUUUGUGGUCAAGCUUAUGGAGCUAAAAAUUUUAGGCUGCUCCAUAAGACUCUUCUCAUGACAAUUUUCUUGUUGCUACUAGUAACCCUGCCUGCAUCUUUCUUAUGGCUUAAUAUUGAGAAAAUUCUCAUCCACUUUGGCCAACAAGAAGAGAUUUCACUUGUUGCAAAAACCUAUCUUUUCUAUCUUCUUCCUGACUUGGUCAUCACUUCCUUACUCUGUCCUCUCAAAGCCUACUUGAGCUCUCAAGGUAUAACGGUUCCAAUAAUGUUUAGCUCAGCUUUAGGUCUUGCUUUACACGUACCCAUUAACAUCUUUCUUGUAAAAUCCAAGGGUCUUGAGGGGGUAUCCAUGGCAAUAUGGAUAACCGAUCUUAUAGUUGUGAUUUUACUAGCUUCAUACGUGUUGGUGAAGGAAAAUAGCAAGGAAGGGAAGUGGAAGGAGGGAGGAUGGUUCGACCAAGGCAUUUGCGACUGGCGCAGGUUGCUAAAGCUUUGUGGACCAUGUUGCCUUACCACCUGCCUUGAAUGGUGGUGCUGGGAGAUCUUAAUCUUGCUAACGGGGCGGCUGGCGAAUGCCAAGCAAGCAGUGGGAGUGUUAGCCAUUGUGCUCAACUUCGACUACUUGCUCUUCUCUGUGAUGCUUUCGCUAGCAACUUGUGCUUCAAUUCGUGUGUCCAAUGAACUUGGGGCCAAUCAAGCAGGCCCUGCUUACCAGUCGGCGUAUGUUUCUAUGGCGUUGAGUUUAGUAUCAGGUUGCAUUGGUGCCCUGGUGAUGGUAGGAGCCAGAGGUAUUUGGGGGCCUUUUUUUAGCCAUGACAAGGGCAUUAUAAGAGGUGUAAAGAAGAUGAUGUUGCUUAUGGCUUUGCUAGAAGUGGUAAAUUUUCCUCUAGCAGUAUGUGGAGGAAUUGUCCGGGGUACUGCUAGGCCAUGGUUGGGUACUUAUUCCAAUCUUGGUGGGUUCUACCUUGUGGCCUUGCCGGUAGCCAUUCUUUUAGCAUUUAAAGCAGGACUCGGCCUUGGCGGGUUGCUGAUAGGUUUUCUGGUUGGGAUCACUGCGUGCAUGACGUUGUUAUUGGUGUUUGUAAUGAGGAUUGAUUGGGAAGUUGAAGCUGACAAGGCACAAAAACUAGCCAGUAACAUGCAAGAGACCACCCAAGAACGUGAAAAUGACAAAAACAGUGCAAUAAUCAAUGGUGCUAUCAUAUGAGAAUAACUUGGAAACAUUUGUUUUGCUUCUCAUUCUAGUGGACUCCUACCGGUGAUUUCAAGACAACUUCUAAUUUCAUCUGUAAUUAUAUGGCCAGCCAAUUAUCCA